GUGCGGUGGGAGCGUCCCCGCCGCCCCCCUCACUGUCCCGGGUGAAAACUGAGAUAGUGAGGGGGGGAAAGGCAAUGAGAGGACACACCGAAGAGGAUAAAGCUUUAUGUAUUUAGCUAUUCUGCCGUUUUUAGACACUUCAGACGUUUUCUUGUUUCGUUUUCACCCGCACAAAUCAAUGUGCAACAGUGCGUCCACGUCCAGCUCGUCUGGAAAACGUCGUAAAUCUCCCGAAUAUCCUAACAGUGGAUUGCAGUCUGACCGCGGAAGGUUAGCGCAACUAAACUAAAGUUAGCCCGCUUAGGCUAAUUUAGCCUGUUUCAGCUAACAAGAAAAAAACACACCAAAAGACAGACUUGUGACAGACGGAGUUACGGUUCAAAGUAGCGCUGCGGCGUCGUUUGUAAGUAGUAAUGUAUCCUCCCGGGGUUAGUUUCAGGGACGGAUGAGAAGGAAAUAGUCGACUGGUAAACAGCGAGCUUAGCGUGCCCGACGAUCGCGGCUAUGUUGGGGUUGACUCGCUGCUCCGGCAGCCCGUGCGAGUCCCGAGGCUGGCCGCACUCGGUGCUGUGGAGGCUCGGGGGCUUCUUCUUCCUGCUGCUGCUGGAAGGCGCCGGAUGCCUCGCCAACCCCGGCCACCCCACGACCGUAAACAACAGCCCCGGUAUCAACAUAUACAUGAGUGUGGAGGAGGUGAAGAAGUUUUUAGGUUUAGACGCAGAGCUGUACUAUGUUCGAAAUGACAUGGUGAGCCAUUACGCGCUGUCUUUCAACAUGCCCGUGCCAACGGAGACCAACAGCCUUUACUUUACCUGGUAUUCCAAGUCCAAGGUUGACUACCGGCUUGCGUUCUUCAUAGAAAACCCUGUUGCCUUGAGCCCUCCGUCAGCUAACAUCUCCAGUCAGGGAGAGAUGCCUCGUCUUCCCUCUGUCUUUCGAGUGGACAUGGACUGCUCAGGCAAACUAGAUGAAGAGGCAUUUUUAACGAUGCAGCUCAACCUGACGAGUCACGUCAACUACACAGUGCUCAACUUCAAGAGGAGGAAAAUGUGCUACAAAAGAUUAGAUUCAGAUCUGAAGAUGCCCUCCGUUAAUGGAACCGCUCCACCGAGUGGCUUUGAUGGAGUUCCCACCCCCACCACCUCCACCCAGGUCUUCUACAUCAGUGUGAGCGUCUGCUGCAUCGUCAUCUUUCUUGUUGCCAUCAUCCUGGCCAUCCUCCACCUUCACAGCGUGAAGAGAGUGGAGAUGGAAGACAGUGUGAGCGACAGUGGAAGUUCACAGGGUCUGUCUCAACCAUCCACACAGACCACACAGUACCUGAGGGCCGACACUCCUAACAAUGCAGCUUCCGUCACCAACAACCACCCUGGUUCUGCACCCAUUCUCCAGCUUGCUGCCUCCUCCUUCCAAAACCCAGGCGUUCCCCCUCAUGAAACCAAAAGCUAUCCAUCUCUUCGUAUAGAGAAGAACGACCUGAGGAGUGUAACUCUGACAGAGGCCAAAGCUAAAGUGAAAGACAUUGCCAUCUCCAGGGACAGGGUAACAUUACGGGAUGUCCUACAUGAAGGCACGUUUGGCCGUAUCUUCCACGGAGUGCUGCUGGAUGAAAAGGAUCCCACAAAGGAAAAACAGGUCUUUGUGAAGACGGUGAAAGAUCAUGCCUCUGAGGUGCAGGUGACCAUGAUGCUGACUGAAAGCUGCAAACUUAGAGGACUCCAUCAUAGAAACCUGCUGCCCAUAAGCCAUGUGUGUAUAGAGGAUGGGGAGAAACCCAUGAUGCUGCUGCCCUUCAUGGCCUGGGGGAAUCUCAAACUCUUUUUGCGCCAGUGCAAGCUAGCUGAAGCUAACAACCCUCAGGCGAUCUCUCAGCAGGACCUGGUCUACAUGGCCAUCCAGAUCGCGUGUGGAAUGAGCUACCUGGCUCGCAGGGAGGUCAUCCACAAAGACCUCGCUGCUCGGAACUGCGUCAUUGACGACAACAUGCAGGUGAAGAUCACAGACAAUGCCCUGGCUCGAGAUCUGUUUCCUAUGGACUACCACUGUCUGGGGGACAACGAGAACCGUCCGGUCCGCUGGAUGGCCCUGGAAAGUUUGCUCAACAACGACUUUUCCAGCGCGAGUGAUGUGUGGGCCUUUGGAGUGGCGCUGUGGGAACUCAUGACUUUGGGGCAGACCCCCUACGUCGACGUCGACCCCUUUGAGAUGUCGGCUUACCUGAAAGACGGCUACAGAAUAGCACAGCCGAUCAACUGUCCAGACGAACUGUUUGCAGUGAUGGCUUGUUGCUGGGCCCUGGACCCGGAGGAAAGACCCAAGUUCCAGCAGCUUGUUCAGUGUCUCACAGAAUUCCACGCUGCUUUGGGGGCCUACGUGUAACGAUGGGCAUUUUCAGCUAGGAAAGACGCAGCGCCACUAAAGGCUGGUGGAUGCUACUCCCACGAAGAAAAUGUGCCUCAUCAGAUGCAAGAGCAGACUUUAAUUAUCCUCACAGUUUAUAAUUUGUACAUUUUCUCUAGUUUUAUUGUUUAAUGACCUUUUUACAGCAUAGCAAAGUAAAAAGAUUAUUUUAUAUGUUUCGUUUGCUUUGAAAGCAUCUUCUUCUCUGAGGACCACAACAGUGGAAGGAUGUCCUCUUUCAUAUAACUCAACAACUUUAAUGUUUUGCUGGACACUCUUACAGUUUUCUACAGGUUAUAGAGUGAAGCGCAGGCGUGUUUCAGCAGAAUGGCUCGGGUACGAGAAGGAGCUCGGAAACCAGCUUUCUGAGAUCUCCUCAGAUGGUACUGUGUUUUUUCUGGAUCAUUUUCCUUUCCUGCGAUUUAAUUGUGCCAACUCUCAGAGGAGACAUCCCCGGGGGGGGGGGGGGGUAAUAAUGCACCACAGCUCCAGUUUCACUUCAACAAAGCUUCAUGUAUGAACCAAGGGCUUGUUUCAUUCCUGCCUAUAUUCAUUUUUUGUACAUAUCACUUACACUCACAACUUUCCCACGUCUUUUUUAUUUUUUUAUUUUAUGAGCUCGAUUGUUCUGUCAGAACACGGCCAUUCAGAAGAUGCUCCAAUCUGCUUUUUUUUAAACGAGAACACCCGUUAUCACUGUGAAAACACAAAGCAGCAACACGGCUGCACCUUUAGCAUCUUUGUUAUGCGUUUUUUUGGCCACUGCAUGAGGUUGUAAACUGUUUCCCAAAUCCAUAUCCACAAAUUAAAUGGGAUCUUGAAAUA